CCUGCUUUUUCACUCCCCACCUCAUCUACCUCCCUCACACUAGACUCAAAUGCUAGUAACACCGGUAGGUUAGCUGCGGUCGGUGUGUCAGCCAAAGAUCCAGAGAGUAACGGCCUUGGGCUCACGCUACAGCCACACCAGGACAGAUCUCGGAGACGCCUCUGUGUGAUAUCCUUCAACUUUAACUAACAACGACUGCAAGGAGACAAGUGGACAAGGCAUAAUCAAACUACCUACUCCCACUUGGACAGCAACACACUGCUGCAAGGAACAACAAAAGACACGGACGACUACUGAGUGACUAGCUAACAAACAGAUCAGCACUUUGACCGGCCGGGGCUUGAGAUAAAUGGCUGACAAGCAGAUCAGUUUGCCUGCCAAAUUGAUCAAUGGGGGGAUCGCUGGCCUAAUUGGAGUGACCUGUGUGUUUCCUAUUGACCUGGCCAAGACUCGCUUGCAAAACCAGCAAAAUGGGUCUCGCCUGUACACCAGCAUGUCAGAUUGCCUUAUUAAGACCAUCCGGUCAGAGGGGUAUUUUGGGAUGUACCGAGGAGCGGCGGUGAACCUAACACUAGUCACGCCAGAGAAAGCCAUCAAAUUGGCUGCCAACGACCUCUUCAGGCAUCACCUCUCCAAGGAUGGAAAACUCACUCUGUUCAAAGAGAUGCUGGCUGGGUGUGGGGCAGGCACAUGCCAGGUAAUUGUCACAACUCCUAUGGAGAUGUUGAAAAUCCAGCUCCAAGAUGCUGGACGACUUGCGGCUCAGAGGAAGCUGAUGCCCGAGACAGUGGCAGCAGGUACUGUGGAGACCAAGUCCCCAACAGCCAUGCAGCUCACAAGAGAAUUACUGAGGGAAAAGGGCAUUGCUGGGCUGUAUAAAGGCCUUGGUGCCACAUUGCUCAGGGAUGUUCCUUUCUCCAUCAUCUAUUUCCCCCUUUUUGCCAAUUUGAAUAACCUGGGAAAAAGAGGUGCAGAUGGCCCCGCUCCUUUCUACGUGUCGUUUAUAUCAGGCUGCCUUGCGGGGAGCACAGCGGCUGUUGCUGUCAACCCUGUUGAUGUGAUAAAGACUCGACUGCAGUCCCUGAACAGAGGGAGCACAGAGGACGUGUACAGUGGAGUGACUGACUGUAUCAGGAAAAUCAUGCGUAAUGAGGGUCCAUCAGCCUUCCUGAAAGGAGCCUACUGUCGAGCCUUGGUCAUUGCACCUCUGUUUGGCAUCGCCCAGGUGGUCUACUUCCUGGGUGUGGGUGAAUUUAUCCUCAGCUUCUUGCCUAAAAAAGACAACUAAGAAGGUCCUCCUUUCUGCCUUUUCCUCCCAUAAUGCAUUACACCAACUGCGUGAGGAAUCAUCUCAUUCGGAAAGACGUUUCGAUGGAUCGAAGCAUGACCAAUCGGUUAAUUUUUGUUUUUCAAAUUUGUUGUGUUGAAUGUUGAAAUAGUUAUGGAGGGAGCCUUUGUUUGCCAAGCUGCCUCGGGUGGCACACAAAAUUCCAGUAGGCAGGCUCAGCUAGCUCUCUGGAAAUUAAGCCACAAAUAUCAGUUGAAGUUUUAAAUUAAUAUUAUUUUAUAAUUACAAUAUUUUAUUGCAUUUUGGAAUAUGAUCAUUUAAUUUUCAAAGUAAAUGAACUGCGCUUGGUUGCUGCAGUUCUGCCCGUCCUACAGUACUUUUUUUUUUUUUUUUCAAACAGCAUUAGCCUCUAAAUGACAGAGAAGACCAUAGUGAUCUAUUGAAAAUUGUAACCCCUGGCUAGCUGAAUUAAAUGCACAUACCUUACUUAUAUUUGAGAACAUUAGCUCUGGUAGAAUAUUUACUAAAAUGCUAUUUAAAAUUGUCCACAGACCUUAUGUCUUAAAAGAAGAUAGUAUAGUUAGAAGUAGACCAAAUUAAUGCCUCUGUUUCAGACAAAGAACCGGGGAGAUGAUGUGUUGAUGCUAUAACAGCACACUCCCUAAAAUCUUUACUAGGAAGCCACAUCCCUUCCUGUAAGUGGUUGUAAUGAACUUAGCCAUUCAUCUCCAAACAGACUUUGAUUGCUUUGGCUUUUAACUAGAUCAGGUUCCAUCUGAUAUUUAGUACUACCACAAUGGUUUGACUGUUUUGUCUCUGUGAAAGAUGGCUCUGAAUCCUGGCCACACACUAGACUGUGUACUACAUUUGGGCAUUAUGUGCUACCAAUCGACAUGUAUACAUUGCCUAAGCUUCUAUACUUUUUUCUGGAGGCGGAAACUGUUUUCCAUGUUGUGUUUGAGGCCACACCCCAAUCAGUGAUGUCACAGCAGGAGUUUUGGGAUGAUAGAAAACACCUGCCGUGACAUCACUGAUCGGAUUACGACCAAAAGUGCAGUGUGCUUUAAAAUUUCAGUCCACAGAGAGCCGUGCAGUGGCAGAUUUCCUCUUUGUGAUUCAUUGUGAAUUCAGAUGAAAGCAUUAGCUGGGAGCACUAAAUGGGCUGAAAAUAUUUUUAAUAGAAUGCUACAUUAUUAAUAGAUAUUCAGUAAUUAUGCUGACAAAUGGUCAGACAUCACCCGCUGAGGCCUCAUGAGUACAGUCAUCCAUUGUGGAGUCAGUAAGAUCUCAGCUGGAGUAGCUCACGUCCCCUUAGAUCCAGACAUAACUAUUAUUGUUUACAGAUGAGUUAACCCUCAAUUUUCAUUCUUCUCUGCAAACUUGAGUUCAGCGGCAGGACCCAAAGAGCUAAUGAAAAACCUUUCCUUAUCAGAAAAUCCAAACCAAUGUGUUUUCAGUGUUCUAUGGUUUUUACCAAACAUCUCAGCUUGUUUGCUUUAGAGGUUUUGUUUGCUUUACGCCGCUGGGGAAAGCAGCCCUGUACUGUCCUGUUUAUGCAUCACCACACUGAAGCCCUGCCAUUGGUUUAUCUCGCCGGAGAUCAAGGUGACUUUGAUGUGUAUUAUCCUAUCACAUUCCUUCCUCGUGCCCACUUUUCAAGCAGCUCGUCAAUUGUACUGUUGCACUGUAGAUACAAGAUGCAACUUUUAGUGUAUUAUCAUUUGUGGGAGUGAGAUCUAUUUAUCAAUAUUCUUUUCUAUAGGCGGUAUAGCACUCUAUAUUUGUAUGUGUUGUUUUUUCUGUGUCAAAGUGUCCACCUUAACUAUAUUGUACAUAUGCAGAUGAUAUGAACUUUAUGUUUUAGGAUUUAUUGUUUUUUUUGUACAUGAUGGCUUAUUUGCACACCUACCUCUCCAGCUCCCCCCUCAAUCCAUAUUGUGGUGAUUUUAUGUUAUGAGGUUGUGGACAUAUCAAGUGAAGGAACUUGUUUUAAUGCAACAAGCAUCAUUUGAAUUUAAAUGCAGCAUACUGAUGAGGAUUGUUUUUACUGUAUGCAAAGGGGAACACUAGAGUAGAUCUAGGAUGGUGUUUCAGAGGUGCCCUCUCUCCUGAGCUAUUGGUUAAGUCUGUGGGUCGGCUCAUUGUCCGGUUUCCUACUGUUUUAUUAACAAAGACCAAAUGAAAUGAUGAUAGAAAUGUAGUUAGUUUUAAGUGAAUGACCUAUGGCACUACUUUAACAGUUCUGGAAAUGAAAUACACUCUGGACAAGGCCAAUAGGGAGCUGCUAACAUCAGACUGUAAAUUUAACAUCUGUCUUUCUGAAUGGUGCUUCUUUCAUGACGUAGCUGCAAUAUGACAGUGGCGGCACUAAUGACCGAGGCUGCACCGACUGAAUUUCAUGCUAGUGAAUCUUCAGCGUUAUCAAUGUCUUAACUGAAAGCCAUAGGUCAGGGAGGGAUGGCAGUACUGCUAGACAUCGACUGACACCUCCUGCCAUGCUGACAGAUGACAAGCAGAGCCAAGGAAAAAUGGCAAAAAGACCUGCCUACUCGUGUGAGCUUGUCUUUAUGAAUUACUGUUGUAGUUUUUUCAACAUUCCGAUUGCCAGUCCAUCACACAAAUACUCUUAUUGUGAUCAUAAUGCCUAUUUUUGUGUUGUUGAGAUUAUUGUUGAUGAUUUUCUGAUCCUCUCCAAACCCUCCUAAAAUUUUUUGAACUGUUUUUGGUUGAAUCUUGAAAAUGUCGUGCAAAUCAUUUUGUUUUAUUCAGCUGUGAAUUUUCUCUGACUUUGUGAAUUUGGUUAUGUAUGUGCGUGUGUGUCAGACUGUGUAGUGGUGUAGUUGAUGUGUAGUUCUUAGUGUGACACUGCGGUAUUCUUCUCUUUGAUUGUCAGAACCAAUGCUCCUUUACCUUGUUUCCCUCUAUCUGUCACACUCUUCUGCCAUCCACUCUCCCCAGCAGCCACAGCCGGGUUGCAGGUUAACGCAGAGAAGCUCUACACACCAAAUGUAUGACUUAGAGUGUAUACAAUCAAAGAAAGCACAAAGUAUUAUUAUGCACAAGAGACCACAUGGCCCACAACUACAGAAUGUGCUGCUUCUGCAGAUAUGGAUCAAAGUCUGAUUUAAAUCAGUGAUGUUGAUUGAGAUCAACUUUUUAGUCUUGUAAAAAAAAAGUUUAUCUAUGUCUGUAAAACUUGAUCAAUAGGGCUGAGACAACAGGUCAUGAUAAGAGACUCAUGUGAUGUGUCCACUAUGUUAACCAUCAGCAGUUAGUGACAAAAUGUAUAUUGCCUACAUAAUCUAAAUGAAUCAGAUAUAAGAAUGUAACUUAGAUAUUAUGAGAUGUAUUAUAAUUAUAGUGAAGAGUUUAUUACAUUUUAAUCUAAAGAUUUGUGCUUUACACAUUCACUGAAAAAUUCAUGAACCAGCUCACUGAUAUGCAAUAAGUAAAAGUCUCACACAGAUAAGACACUAGAAAAAAAUACACAUUAGGAAAACUGAACACAACCUGUGAAUCACGACAUCACACAAUGUAUGAAUAAUGCAACCGGGACCUUGGAGGCCUUCUGGGGUCUGAGCUCUCUUCGCGGCCUCUGUUCUCUUCCUCCGAGAGGAACUGUGCAUUAAAGCACUUUAAAAACAAGGGCCCCCACCCCACUGUCCAUCUACAAAGUGUCCCUCUGUGACAUAGAGGGUGUUUAUGAAUAUGUGUGAUGAAUGACACAGUUGUCCUAGGCAUUGUUUCCAAUGCAGUGAAAAAAAACAAAACAAAACAAAAAGUACUGUGUUUCCUGUCACAAUUUGCUGUUCAAUAAACUGACUGUCCUGAAA